CAUUCGUUUCUGUAAUCCUUUUUCAUCUCUUCUAUCAACCUUAGGAGCGACCUAAUGGCAACCAAGGGAGAUAAUAGCGAAAUUCUAGCUGAUAAUCCUUUACUGCCUCAAGUAAAGAAUGAACAACAAUCAAUUUCAGUUGAAGAAAUGAUAGCCAAGUUUGACAAAAGUAGUGAGCAUAUUUGGCGCCCUUACCAGGAGUUAAUUUGUAUACGCAGAGUGCACGAAAAGCUUCACAAGAUGACGGAUCCUAGUUCUUAUGCUCCUUUACUGGUGUCUAUUGGUCCCUUCCACAGGGGAAAAGAAUCCCUUAAAGCAAUGGAAGAAUGCAAGCUGCACUAUAUGAGCAACGUUCUAAAUCGAACAAGAGAAGAGCAUAAUUUUGAUUCAAUACAAAGGGUAUUCAAGAAUUGCGUUGAAUCUAUUGGGAAGAUGGAAGAAAAAAUUCGCCAGAGCUACUCGGAACCAAUCAACCUCGAAAGCAAGGAAUUCAUAGAGAUGAUGGUGUUAGACGGUUUGUUCAUCAUCGGAAUCUUCCAUGCCUUAACAGGAACGAAGCUGGUAGACGACAAAUUUUUAUUUCAUAAUAUAUGGGCCAAGAGUACGCUUCUCUGGGAUCUCUUGCUCAUGGAAAACCAAAUUCCUAUAUUCGUUCUCGAACGUUUAUUCAACCUAACUGCGGAAAAGAACAAGUCGAAGGGCAUGAAUACCUUCCAAGGGGUUGCACUGACCACAUUCAAAGACAAUAUCGAAUUGCCGAGAAAAAUCAAUACCAUUACGAAGUUGCAACAAGCAUCUCUCUGGGAAGGUAAUAAGCAUUUACUCGAUCUAGUUGCUAAAUCCAUGAACCCUGAUCAUCAUUCCAAUAAUGAAACACAUGCUGUUCAAAUCAGUUUUUCGCCAAUCUCAAUGUUCACAAAACUGAUAAGAAUGCUUAGAAAGCCACUGCUGCAAGUUUUCAAGUACUUCAUCAUAUUUAUCUGCCCUACACCCAACAGUAGUUAUAAGUUAUCAGGAAGUGUCAUUCCAAGUGCGACAGAAUUAGCACGAGCAGGAGUUACUUUUGAAAUAGGCCCUGAUGAUGGUAGUUUCCUAGAUGUUCAAUUUGUCGACGGAGUGAUGAGAAUCCCUCGUCUUGUAGUCGGUAUCAAUACUGGUCGUUUUUUUAGGAAUCUCAUUGCUUCUGAGCAGUACUUUGAUCGAAAUGGAUCUCCAUAUUACAUGACCUCAUAUGCCAUAUUCAUGGAUAACCUGGUAAGUUCUGCUGCAGAUGUCACACUACUUCGUAAUCAAGGAAUCAUUACUCAUACUUUGGGUACCGAUGAUGAUGUCUGUAACAUCUUCAAUAAGCUUUGUUCUGACAUAUAUUUGAAGGACGACUACUAUGCUGAUAUACAUAAGAAAGUGAACAUAUAUUACUGUGACCGCUGGAAUUUCUGCAAAGCGACCUUGAGGAAAACAUAUUUUGACAAUCCAUGGUCGGGUAUUUAUCUGGUCGCUGCAACUUUAUUUUUCUUUCUUUCACUCGUAUCGGUUGUAUUAAGGUUACUUGAGUACUUCAAAUCUAAAAAGUAAGGCACACUGAACCCUGACGUAUCAUGGAACUGGAUUAGUUUAUUUCAACUCCUUUUGUUCGUGUUUAUUCCUUUUGUGAUCGAUUGUCCUCGCUUGUGGUUGUUUAGGCUUUUUACCUCUACAUAUCAUUGAUUCUCUGCUGGCUUUGUGUUCCAGUUUUUAUUGUUUUGUGUAUUCAUUUUCUUUGAUAAUAAAUUGGUAGUGUUUGAAUUGU